UGUGGAAGGUGCACAAUCUAUCUUAUGUAUCCUAUGUUGAAAGUAUGCACACUUCAUGUAUCCAUGUUUGGAAUUCCCACCUCUCUGCAAUCUUUCCCUGCCUUGUAAUUCAUCCUCUGAUAGUCCAAUUGGUACGAAUACGAAGCAUGAUAGUCAACGACACACAGUGACACUUCUCCCUGCUUGAAGUUGCAUGUCCUCCCAACCGUAAAUUUACACUUACCUACUUCUACAGCUGUGGGAUCAGGAACCUAGUUGUCAUGCCAUUGGCUUGCGGCACGGUAUUAUGAAGGAAUGAGAGCAAUAUGGUUCUAAUAGUUAACAGAACGAAGCUCAGGUUAUACCUGUGAACUUCCACUUCAACCUUUUACUUCGUCAACGCACCCUACUACUCCUAUUACUUUGAAAUCUGUAUUCAAGAUGUCUACUGGUCUCCAAGCCAAAAAUGCUUUGUUCAUUGGCUAUCCUAGCCCGGGUGAACUCCUCGCUGCUGGCAUAGUAUUACCUCUCAUUGCACUUGCUACGAUCUCGCUUCGCUAUAUGGUACGCCGCUCACGGAAGGCACGCUUUGGUGUAGAUGAUUGGCUUUUAAUUCCAGCUUUAGUAAGGCAUCUUGAUCUUCUUGGGAAUUGGAAUUUGGCUGCUAACAUGUCCAUUAGCUAGCACUUACGGGGAUAGGAGCAUGUAUUAUAAUUGGUUAGUUCACAAGGGGAGUAGUGUUGCCUCAAAUUCACCACUAACAUCGUGUAGGUGUCGUGAAAAAGGCUGUGGGCUAUCCGGCUCCUCCACCAGCUUCAAGUUCACCGGAAGCAGCCUUGAAUGACCUAAGUCCAGUGGAAGCCCUUUCUGAAAAGGUACGUUUCAAUCUAUAUCAUACUGAAUGAAAGUACUGACAAACGAUUAGCUUGACUUCGCCAUUACCAUCUUGACAAUUGUUGCAUAUUGCUUCAUCAAACUCAGUAUUGCGUUCCUUUAUCGACGUAUAUUUGUUGUAUCGGGGCACUCAAAAAUUUUCAGUAUUGUCACAUGGACCCUGAUCGCAAUUAUCAUCAGUUGGUCGAUUACGUUCUUUCUUCUAUUCAUCUUCGAUUGUGGGAUUCAUACUUCGGCUCAAUGGGGCUCAGAGGCGGAGUUAGCACGUUACUGUCCGGAUGGCAUAAAGCAUGAAGAAGCGCUCUACAUAUCUGAAUUCUUCACAAAUGUAGUUUUAGCUCUUGCGCCAAUUCCAUCCGUGAGCACUUUAAUUCUCUCGUUAAGAGGAAGUCGGCUAACCAUUCAACAGAUUCUUCGCCUCCAAUUGACAACAGCAGCAAAAUUCCAGAUCAUCGGAAUAUUCCUUCUUGCUUUCAGCGCAUUUGCAGCUUCAAUCGUAAGAUUGAUACUUGCAUUUGAGAUAACUCAAAGCGUUACCUUUGGACAAGACUUUGACAUCAACCGUGAGUUCAACACUGUUUUGGCAGCGACACUGCGAGCUAAACUAACAAAUAUCUUAAGAAACAAACUCUACAAUUUUCUAUUGGAAUAUGGUGGAAGCUGGCAUUGCGCUGAUAGCUUGUUGUCUACCCACUCUGAAGCCGCUCAUGUCCGGGCAAGGAAUUGGCUCGGCCAUCGCAAGUAUCCGAAGUGUCAUUUCACUACCAUUCAACAAUUCCUUGACUUCGCAAAACUCAAACACGGUAUCACACAAUUCAAAGACUAGUAGAACUUACAGAAAGAUGGAGAGAGACGGGUCAGUGAUGGUGGAACCACUUAAAGAAGGAAACAUUGAGUUGAAGAGCAUUAGUAGCCGCGAGCCUAGUGGAGAGCAUAUUGUUUGAAAAGACCAAUCCACGAUAGACAAACUGCAGAAGGCCUUCUCAUUGCUUCCCGCACGCCCAUCCUACGUAAAUCAAAGUAUAAAGCCCGACACAAAAUCAGAAUCUUCAACUCCGGCAUUCAAAUUCAUCUUUUUCGCAGCUCUAGAUAGAAUUAUAAUAAAUCUUUUAAAUUACCGUAAAUAAUGCCUACCCUGAGAGUAAGCAACGUUUCUACUCAUUGAACCGUGGACUAGAGUGGGCUUAAAGAAUAUCAAAAAUUUGCUGCCAUAAGGCUUCCCUGCCUCUCUAUCACCCAUCUUCAUCAGGCAAU